UUCUUUUUGGCUGUUUGAGAAGAAUAGAUGUAGAAGAACAGGGCGCUCUUCCAGGAAAUGCCAAACAAAUAUUCCUCAAACUUGACCUGGAGGAAUCGCCGUUAGGAGUGACAGGGCACUUAAGUUUCCUUGAAGGCUUAAUUCCCGGUGCUUCUGAGAUUUCAAACAAGGGAGGCAAUUAGUGUCAAUAUUCUAUAUAUCUUCACUGUGCUUGAAUGUUUCAAUCUCCUUUGCUUUGAAUGUUAGCAUGUCAUAACAUUUCUUGCGAGAUCAAUCAAAUUUGAUUACCCAUGCCCAAAUGACUUUGCAAAUAAACAUAUGCAGUUGAAUCACAAUGAUGAAAUAAAACAGGUCUGUUAUUAGAGCUGAUUCAAAAUGGAUGCGGAAGAACAGUAAGCUCAGCAGAAACAACUCCCAGGAACUCUGGAGAGUUUCUUUGUUCUGCAAACCUCAGAUGGACAAACUGAAAGGAUAUGACCAAAAACGUGUAGAUAGUGUCUAGGUUUUUCUAUUUGGGGGGAGGGAGGGCAUUGAAGAAUUAUUUUAUUAAAAAUGUCUUUGUCACAACACAGUAAAAACUUUAAUAGAAUCUGACAGUAUGGUAUAAUCUGUUCUACAAGGACAGACUUUCUCAUGGGGGAAGUCUGUCAUUCUUUUGUAGUGAAAACAGCAGACUUUUCAUUGCCUGAAAUCAGAACCCACUCUAGUUAUCUGUGAAUUUAGUUUUAGCACAUUUUUUAAAUGAUUAGUGAAGUAGUUUUUUUUCUUUGGUUGCAAGAAGAGAAAAUGAGAAUCAGAUGCAAGUGUUCUUACUCUUAAUGAGGUUCUUCUGCAUAAUAGUUUCAGUGAACUCGUGCGAGUGAUUUGGCAUCAAUAUUGCAGCUGGUAUAUCAGGUGGAGACAUAACAGUAGAAUUCUUCUCACACUUGUGUAAGACCAAGCUGAAAGAAAGGAGGGUUGUUUGUAUAAUGGUAACAUGUGGCCCCAGCCACCAGUGGUACUCCGUUUUGUCCAGAGCGAUGCUGUACAAACAUCUAGCAGGAGACAUUCUGCACCCUGAACAGCUUGCAUUUUAAAUAAAUAGGCCAAGAGUAGAAGAAAGGAAAGAUUUUCUCCCAUUCUAUCAAUAGGGAACUGAGACACAAAAAUAUUUAAAUGUCUUGCGUAUGUUUACACAGGAAAUGUGCAACAGAGCCGGAAAGUCAAUGGACAGGGAUAUAGGAGAUAUAUCUGAAAAACCUCCCUCUUUCCUAUUAGUGGGAAAAACUCUAAGAUGCUCUUGGUAACUUGACCAUCAAGACAUUCACCAGGUCAUUUUUAUCGAAAACUUUAAUGGGAGAGAGGGUAAUUUGCCAAAGAUGACACCCUUAUUUUGCUUAUUUCCUGCCAGUAUACUGUCCAAGACAUGCUAAGAAGAAGACCCUGUAUUUUAGUUUGAAAAAUAUUUUGAACUGAAUCCAGUAGUGAGCAGUUGUUUACAAUCCGUGGCUUGGUAUCACAGUUGUGAAGUUACCUUGAAAAACUGAUGCACUGGUGAUUUUUUUUUUUGUUCCCGUAUUUGUAAAUGCAUCUUCAGCACUGGUCAGUCCCACAGCUAUAACUUCACUUACUUUCUUGUGAAUUCUUUGCAGUAAAUUCAUGUAGAAAAUUCAGGCCCCAUAUAGUCAUACCUAAUACUUCUAAGUUUGCCACAUAUGGUCAAGGAGCCAAGAGAAUGAGUUUAAAUUCCUAAGACCUGUUUUUUAUUAAUGCCAAGCACCUGCAGCAAGUACACGUGAGAGCAUUCAGAGUUGUGACUAUUCACACUUGUUAGGUCAGGCCCUAAGAGCCUUGUGUAACUAUUGACUGUUACCACCAUUGGAAUCCAUAGUUUCAGUAAAGCUUGGUUUUAUUACUCUGUUAUUCUCAGAUUCAUAUGUGUUCCCUCAUUGGCUUCAGUGAAUUACACAAAGGAUAAAUGCUGGAGGCAAUAAGCACACAAUGAAUGAGCACCUACAUGUUGGUAGCCACGGCCAGAUCCAGGUUCAGCAGCUGUUUGAAGACAACAGCAACAAGAGGACAGUUCUAACGACACAACCAAAUGGACUUACAACAGUAGGCAAAUCUGGAUUGCCAGUGGUUCAGGACAGACAGCUGGAUAGUGCUCACAGGCGACAGGGGAGCUCCAGCUCUUUAAAAUCUACAGAUGGAACAGGGAAGGUAAAAGCCUCCCCUAUGACACCAGAGCAAGCAAUGAAGCAAUACAUGCAAAAAUUAACAGCCUUUGAACACCAUGAAAUUUUCAACUACCCUGAAAUAUACUUUUUGGGUCCAAAUGCAAAGAAACGGCAAGGCGUGAUUGGUGGGCCAAACAAUGGUGGAUAUGAUGAUGACCAGGGGUCUUACGUGCAAGUACCCCAUGAUCAUAUUGCAUACAGGUAUGAAGUCCUGAAAGUAAUAGGGAAAGGAAGCUUUGGGCAAGUUGUGAAAGCCUAUGAUCACAAGAUACAUCAGCAUGUGGCAUUAAAAAUGGUGAGAAAUGAAAAACGUUUCCACCGCCAAGCUGCAGAAGAAAUCCGAAUUUUGGAGCAUCUAAGGAAGCAAGAUAAGGAUAACAACAUGAAUGUCAUUCAUAUGUUGGAAAACUUCACAUUCCGCAACCAUAUCUGCAUGACAUUUGAGUUGCUGAGUAUGAACCUUUAUGAGCUAAUAAAGAAAAACAAAUUUCAGGGCUUCAGCCUGCCUUUGGUUCGCAAGUUUGCCCACUCAAUUCUACAGUGCUUGGAUGCUUUGCACAAAAAUAGAAUCAUUCACUGUGACCUUAAACCAGAGAACAUUCUCUUGAAGCAGCAGGGCAGAAGUGGUAUUAAGGUUAUUGAUUUUGGCUCUAGUUGUUAUGAACAUCAGCGUGUCUACACUUACAUUCAGUCACGGUUUUACCGUGCUCCAGAAGUGAUCCUUGGUGCUCGUUAUGGGAUGCCUAUUGAUAUGUGGAGCUUAGGUUGCAUUCUAGCAGAGCUUCUAACAGGUUAUCCACUCUUGCCUGGAGAAGAUGAAGGGGACCAGCUGGCUUGUAUGAUAGAGCUGCUGGGCAUGCCCUCCCAAAAACUGCUAGAUUCAUCCAAACGAGCCAAAAACUUUGUAAGCUCUAAGGGUUAUCCCCGUUAUUGUACUGUUACAACUUUGUCUGAUGGUUCUGUAGUACUCAAUGGUGGCCGUUCCCGGAGGGGAAAAUUGCGUGGCCCACCGGAGAGCAGAGAGUGGGGGAAUGCAUUAAAGGGAUGUGAUGAUCCCCUCUUUCUUGACUUUUUAAAACAGUGUUUAGAAUGGGAUCCUGCUAUACGUAUGACGCCCAGCCAGGCUUUACGUCAUCCCUGGCUUAGGAGACGUUUGCCAAAGCCUCCAACUGGGGAGAAGACAACGGCAAAAAGAAUAACGGAGAGCACUGGUGCUAUAACGUCAAUUUCCAAGUUACCUCCAACUUCAAGCUCAGCUUCAAAACUGAGGACUAAUUUGGCUCAGAUGACAGAUGCCAAUGGGAAUAUUCAGCAGAGAACAGUGUUGCCAAAACUCGUUAGCUGAGUUUGAAAAACCCCACUGCUGGUUAUACAAGAGAUACUACGUGGCUGAGCCUUACUCAUAUGAAGAAGUAGCUCAGAUUUCUAUUUUUAUUUGCUCAAUAACUUUAUUCAUUUGUAUCUUUCAAGCACUCAUUUUAAAUGUAAGAAAAGUUGAUUUUCUUUUUAUAAAAUAUGGGGACGAUGCUUUAAGUUUUUGUACUUCUUUUUAAAAAUGUUUGUCUUCUAAAGUACAAUUAGCCUUACUGUAAUUAGUGUGGCACAGUAAUAAACAUCAGUGGCAGGCCACUGGUUACAACGUGAUUGUCAUGCAUUACAGCGUGACAUCAAAGAUGUUAACCUUUCUUUCCAUAGUUUGGAUUAGUUUUUCUUUAGGAUAAUUUUGUAAUUCUCUUCCAUACUUACAGAUGAUGGCCCCAAUCUGGCAAAAAAUGAACAUGUGCUUGACUUUGGUUUGCUUGGUUUGUUUGAGAUUACUGAGAUGUGUAGUUUGACACCUGUGUAAGCACUUUCAGAAUUGGGGCCAUAGCAUCUAAUACUGUCAUUUUCUCCAUGAUGUUUUGAGGAAGCUGAGGCUUCAUAAUGAUACAGCCACAUCCUAGAGAAUUUUUAAAAAAUGAGACACAAUGAUUAAAACAAAUGUGCAGGCAUCAGUGCGAAAAUUGCUGGGACUAAAAAUACCUUAUUAGCAUUCAUACCCUGUAUUAAAAGGAGAGGAACAGACAGUGGGAGGAUGAAUGAGGGUGGGAUUGUAUGUGUUCCUCUAAAUCUUAAUAAGACAGAUGAGCCACUUUCUGAAGAUGAAGAAAUGUAAAGGAAAAUGUUUUGCACUUAAUUUCAGGUGUACAGCCAACAUCGCUCCCUUUUGGUUUCUUUCUUUUUUUUUUCUCCUCCUAGUUUCUCCUCUCUGCUUAAGUGAAGCCAGGGCUCUCUACAUCACAUUUGCAGUUGUUGUCAUCUUUACACUGUACCUCCCAGACUGUUAAUGCUACAUAGAUUUCACAGAUAUUUUUUUCCAGACAAUCUCUAGUUGAUGGAUUAUGACCUCAUUGGUACAUUGUAACCUUCUGAUCAAAUCUGUAUGCAAGGACAAAACACUGUUUUGCUCUUCUAGAGAACUACUAUGUGAAGAUUGUUAAAUCUUAGCAUGUUAAUUGCAUCCUCCAUGGAUGACAUCAGCUUAAUUGGUGGAAUAGCUGGUACAUCUCUAAGGGAGAAACAUCAAGGGAAAGUUAAGUGAUUUGAAUUAAUCUUUAGCAUGAUAGCUGAAGAGAACCUUGAAGGAACAGUAGAGAUUUAUGUAGAUUUGUGUGUGUGUGUGUGCGUGUGUGUGUGUGUGUGCGCGCGUGCGCACGCGUGCACAUGUAUGUGUUUUAAUUGCACUCAUGGAAAGAAAGUGGUCCUGAUCAAGGGAUGAGAACCAGGAUUAAGUAAGAAUUACUGUGCAGUGCAACAUAUUUUUUAAUAAAACAGUUUGAAACGUAAAAUCAGUAUUAAAUCAUAUGCAGUGAUAAUAAUCUACAUUGGAUUGUGAAGGACAUGCAAAGGGAAUUUUAAGGAAAGUAGAAAAUAAACUGGAAGGGUUUGUGGAAGUUGGAAUGAACGACAUUAGGAUGGAUUUCAUAAAACUUCAGUAACUUUAUUAUAAACAAUGUUUAUGUGCACAGAUUUCACUACGUUACUUGUAAAAAUGGUUAAAAAUACUUAAAGCACGGUCCCCAGAGAGGCUAAGAAAGUUUCCGGUUAAAUUCUCUUACAUAUUCAUUGAGAUUUUCACUUUAAACUUAAAUUGCUCUUAAUUAUUUUAAUUUAACUUAAGAUUCUGGGGGUGCGAUAGUAAUAAGAAAAGAUAGAACUCUCAGGAAACAUAUAACUGUUUGCCAAAAAGUCAAUACAUAAAGAAACCCCAAAAAAAAUUUGUGAAAAAGGAUGAUGUUUAUUAAUUGCUAAUUUUAACGUUAGAGCUUUGAUAAACUAAUGUUCUUACUAUUUUUUUAAAUUAUAGUUCUCUGUCCCAGUGUUAAAUGUACACAAUUUUAUACAGUGUGUGUAAGUGCAAUAUGUAAGCUUUUAUGGAAUCAUGUUCAAAACUGAGAUACAAUAAUACAACUAAAAUAAAACUGGCAUUGUAAUCCAAAUAUCCAUUAACUUAUGAUUGGUAGUUUCUAGGUCUAGAAAAUAGACUUCUAGGCCUAUUAGCUUUCAUAUAAAAUAAACAUAUUAGAUUCCUAUGAUAACUAUAUUUUUAUGCAGUAACUGGGAUUCUCCCCUCUACCAUUAGCUGUUUAGGAAAUUCACAAAUGUUAAAGCAUGAAGACUGCAUUAUGAGGGAAGGAAAUAGGUUUUCCCCAUCACAUUUUUGUUCCUGGUUUCAGUGUAAAUGUAAGGAGAAAACAUUCAUAACAUCAUUCAUGGGUCAUUAAUGGGCUAAAACCACUACAUUUUCUGUUUCAUGUAACCAGUUCUUAAAUGCCAAUAAUGCAUUUGUGAUUGACUUUAUUCAUGAAUGCUACCGGAAACUUUUAGGCCAAAAUAUAGUGUGCAGAGCUAUUUUUUUAACCCAAUGCAUUGAAACUUCAACUAUACCUAAAGAAGCAGCUAUGUUAUGGUUUUUAGUAAUCUAGCUGCUUUUUAUCGUAGCUUAUUUCUAAAUGUAAAAAGAAGGAAAAAGGAAAAGGAUGUUGCCUCUUGCUUUGAUGUGAUUUUAUUAUAAGGGCUCUGAUAAUUAGGCGCAUAGAAGUUGGCUUGGAAACAGUGCUUAGUCUCACAUGUAACCAUUGUCUAGGGAUGUCUGAGCUAUUUUCAGAUUUAGUAAUAGCACAGUGUUGUCUUGUCUUUGGUUGCAGUCUCUUUUGGCUCAGUUUCUUGCACCACUGGAGUGUUCAUUACCACUUAAGUGUUUUGGAACAACAAAGUGAUGCAAGAUGUGUAGAUUAACAAUAGAGGAUAAAUUGUGCCCUUGGUGUUAACAAUGUGCCUUUUGUUAUAAAUGCCAUGUUGUAGGGCAUGCAUUGUGGCCUCUUUAACCCUUUGAAUACUAGAUAGUGAGGAUGAAAUCUAUUUUUAAAUGCUCUACCUGUCUUAAAAACAUCCUGUACUUUUUCAAGGCCUUAAUAGAUACCAUAAGGCAAUCAUACUACUACGCUCGAUAGAACACUCUAUUCUUGUAGUAACUUCCACGUUGCUUAAAGGGGUUAAAGAUGGCACUUCCUCAUUGGUUGUACCUUAACAUCAGACUGGAUUUUUUUUUAAAUAAAUUUUUGUUACGAUAACACUAGAACGAAAUCAACUGUAUUUGUAAAAAUUUACCUCAAACCAUUUAAUUUUAUAGUGUGAUUUAAUCCCAGGGCAUUUGGUAUGAACCAAAGUGCAUUCCUUUUAUAUGUGCCUGGCUCUAAUAAAGGUGGCCAGGGAUUUUUACAAUUUGGGUGCAAGGCACUUAAGCCACUUUUAACUUGGUAGGUGGUGUGGAGUUCUAAAUGACUCCCGGAGAACGUUAAAACACUUUAGGCAUAAGUAGCAUUGGGCAGUAUUAGAAUCUUUAAGAAGAGCAUGUAUUAUUUGCUACUCUCCAUUUGAUAAUAUAUAUAUUUUUUUCCAUCAAUGAUGUUUCCAGUAAGUAGGAAAAGAACACUUUGUUCCAUGUUGGUAAAGACUUUAAUAUUGCCCAACUUACUGCUCCGGUAGCAUUUAAAUAAAAUAUACAUUUGUGAAUUAUUGUUUCUAGGGGCUUGUACAUCUCUGCUACAAAUUGUGAUUAAAAUCUCAGCUCAACUGCUACAACUAUGUCUAAGCAGUAGCUUGGGUUUUUAUUGAGCAACGACUUAGACACGUGACUGUAAUAUGCUGCAACUGUGUGUACUGAAAACGUGAAAAACGAUUGAAUGUUGACUGUGUAUAUAUGUAUGUAUAAUUUUCUGUGAGAUGCUGCUGUCGCCACUUAACAUUAAAGAUGUUGUAGUGGAUUUUAAUCCUAGUGGCCAGUUUUAUGAUACUGUAUGUAUUGUACAGCUGAUGACAGGAGUAAGACUGUUUUAGUGAAUAUUUGUUACAUUUUGUUGUUGUGGCCAGAGAUCAUUUCAGAAUAAAACUUUAUGUCCUACUUUA